UUAUUGUUGUCUUCUGUCAACUCUUCUCUGACCUGGGUGUUUUCGCUGCAAUUUUACCACAAUGUCAGACACUAUGAUAACACAGCAAGUACAUAAAUUUGAAGAACCAUUGAAAAUAGACCUUGAGGAGUUGCUAGGUCGUUUUCAACGGAUGGACUCUGUGCGAUAUGAAGACUUUUCGUCCGUCUGGAGGGAAUUGAACUUCGAUGAAAUAUUUUUCGGAAUCAAGACUAUGGCAGAGCAGAAUGAAUUCAGCCGCAUGGCGCUGAACAUAUCGACUGCAUACUUCCUUCCUCCUUACUCCUUCCAAAUCAGAGUUGGUGGACUCUACAUGCUGUACGCCCUUUACCAUACACAGCGCAGCUAUCCAACCCAGAGAAUUCGCCUGGCCUUGAAAGACUGGGGUGAUGUACAAGUGUUCACCCAAGAUGCCCUGAGCUCUCAACACUAUGAUGUUCUGUACAUAUUGCACCAGUUGCUGAGCGCAAAAGCCUUUCUCUUCACAGCUAUGCCAAUUCCGCUGACAUAUUCACGGGAUCAGAAGGUGGUGAAUACAAACACAGAGGUGCCCACCGAACAAUCAGCCAGACCUCAGGAGCUGGUCACCACAGAGAUGUGCGAGGAGAUCUCAAAUAUUCAUCAGCAUUACAAGCAGCUGAAGACGUUCGUGUUGGCCAAGCAUCCGGAUGCUGAUCUGAACCUGGUCCCCAAUCUGGUGCCCAAGCUCCUCAACGCUGUGGAGGACUUCAGCACAUGGCAGAACGAUCAAAGGGCUGCUGCUGCUGGGGAUGAGCAAUCAGACAGCUGCAAGGACGAGCCCAGCACCAGUUCCACUAUUAACCAGCAGAUGGAGAGCUCCAAGAGGGCCGACCUCCUCGCCUCCAUCAAGGCGCGCUCCUACGGCCAAGUGGCAGAGGUGUCCAAGGCCCGGCGCCACAGACAGGGGGAGCUGUGCACGGACACCAGAGCAGGCGAAUAUGAGGACCAGGGUCCACAGCGGGACAGAACGCAUGUGAAUUUUUUGCGACGAAAACGACGGCAGCUCAAUUCACUCAAAUCCCGCACUCUUCGCCGUCUACAACAUACUGGAGGCGUCCCAGGAGAUUCCCUCUCGACAACCAAGCUGUGGAAGCUGAGCCAAUCGGAGCAGGAGGCGGCAGCACCACCGAGGAAUGCAAGGCGAUUUCGCUACUGAUGCAGCCUUAAGAAGGACCUCUACCUCCACUGGCUUGGGAACAGCUGUGCCAGCACAGCACACCACCUGGGUCUCUCUUCCUCCUCUAAAUGUGUGUCUUAAGGAGACCCACAUGAUGAAGAUGGCAGGUCCAUUAUCAGUCGCAGUGAUGUGUAUGAUGAUGAUGAUGAGCUCUGAUUACGGACUGAGGCUUUUCCUCACAUCAGUAGUGUGAGGGAUGCGCGCACAUCCCGUAAAACAGGUGCUGAAUCAAACAGGCGAAUAAAAGAAAAAGGAAAAAUCUGCACAGUGUUGCUGCUCACCGAUUUAUUAAGCACAACGUUUCGACCUCAGGCAGUCUUCACAAUCCAAAGACUGCCUGAGGUUUGAAACUUUGUGUUUAAUACAGUAAAUCGAUGAGCCAGCAACAGUGUGCAGAUUUUUCCUUCUUUUCCUCACAUCACCAUUUGCAGCAUUAUGCACCUUAUCUCCAAUUGGAGAAUUUUAAUGUUAUCCUCAGUGAGGCGAUGGUUUUAGUUUAUUCUGACCAGUGCAGAAUGGAUGCACUGUGAUCAGGGGUGAGUUUCUCAAAAGGGAAGUUGUUAAACUGUUAGCAACUUCGGUAGUUGCCACUGGGAAAAUGCAUUGAAAGCAACGAAGUAGCUAAUGUAGUAAGCACCUUUGGUUUCGAGAAAUUCACCCCAGAGUUGUAAUAAAGCAGAAGUACAUAUAACUAGAAGUGCUUUUACAGAUGUAAUUACAACACUAGUUGUAUGAUGUUGAAGUCAUGUGAUUUCAUACCAUUAGUGUUGUAAUUGCAUUUGUAAAGUACUUCUACUUUAUGCAACUCUGACUGUCAUUGACCAGGAAAAUAGGUAGUAAUGGCAAAAUUGCCUACAGUUGUUUUUUUAGCAUGGCCUGUUGAUAACUAUUGUUCUAGUUAAGACGGUUGCUUUAACUGGAAGUUUUUUGUUGGUGAUUGUUAAAUCUGUGAUGUUUUUAUUUGCACAAAAUGUCAGAUGCAUCAGAUUUUUACUCUGUUUAUUUUAAGCAAUGUUUUUGUUUAACUUUAAGUAAGUUAAUGAUUGUUUUUAACCUUCAGUAAGUUCUGACACUUAAAUUUGAAUGAAAAGUAAAACACAAGUUUUGAUAGUA